CACAAAUAAAGUAGAACAGGACUUGGCUUCUAUGCGAUCUCAAAACUUUUUACGGCGGAAGAAUUGCGUAGAGGCUUGGCUUUUUUUACAUUUAAUGUUUUUGGUGGGAUUAUACUUUUUUAGAUUUUGUUGAUCAAAAGUUAUUUCAAUUUACUGAGAGUAGUCACGGGUGCGGCCGCGUUCACACUCGCACGUUUUGAAACUAGUGUUGUCUGGUUGUCGACACAGAAUGAGUAGAAUGCGCUCUGUGUUGGCACUGGUUGCCCUGUCUGCAGCGGCUGUUCAAUCCUGGGAUCUGGCUGUGGCUGUGCAGAAUCGACUGGAGUUCUAUACAAAAGAGGACAAAAUAAUCGUUGAAAGUGAUCUGUUCAGAGACGCCACGGCUUUAGCUUACGAUGAUGCACAUCAGACAAUAUUAUUUAUAAAAAAACAUACUGACAACGCCUCCAUAUGUAGUUUUGAAAUGUCGACUCAGAAACACAAAGUUUUGGUAACAGGGAAAGAUAUCGGAGGUUUCACAAUCGAUCCAAUCAGAGCAGUACUUUACUGGACCGACAUCGCUGAGAGGAGCAUAUUCUGGAUUUCAUUCAAACAGGGAUAUAAGGAGACUGAUAACAAAAAUCUGUUGAUCAAGAUGGAGGAUGAGAUUCCCAGAGCGAUAGCCGUCGAUAUCUGUAAAGGAUAUGUCUACUGGACGAACACAAACUCUACGAAGCCCACAAUAGAGAGAGUUCGAUUUGAUGGUACUGAGAAGGAGGUUCUAGUAGACGAAAGUAUUAACGAUCCGGUUAGCUUGGCCAUCGACCAACAGACGUUGAAAAUGUUCUGGGCUGAUAAUACACGCAACAAAAAAUAUAGAAUAUUCAGUACGGAAUUAGAUGGAAAAAAUAAGACGGAGUUAAUAUCUGGUGAUUCUGGAACUGAUUUUAAACCAAAUGCAUUAACCGUUUCGAAAGAUUUAAUUUACCUUAUAGACGAGGGCACACACGCUGUUUGGAAACAUUCAAAAUUUCUAAUAACGGAAUCAUUGAAAAAUAUUUUACAUUUUACUGAGGCGCCCUCCGGCAUUGUUGCCAGGUAUACGACUGAAGAACAAAUUCAUGGGAAAGUGGAAUGUAAAGAUGUGAUGACUGCAUUACUAAACGACAAAAUUAUUUGUGUUCAUGGUGAGAAGGCUAAUGCCACAUCUUGCACAUGCGCACCUGGCUACAUCGGCGAGAGAUGCGAUGUGUCAGUCUGUCAGAACUAUUGCAACCACGGCACCUGCAGUGUCAGUGAUGAGGGGGAACCCUCUUGCGGAUGUGAGUCUGGUUAUUCUGGAGCGAGGUGCGACAUCAACAUGUGCUUCAAUUACUGUCUGAACAACGGUGUUUGUUACUUUACUGAAGAGAAUGAACCACUCUGCCAAUGCAGUUUAAAUUACCGUGGUUCCAGAUGUGAAGCUAUCAAAAAUGACACAGUAUGCACUACGUUCAGUUCAGGAGCUAAAAACUUUACUACACCGAUAUCAGCACACAAUAACUUUACCUUAGCCGAUUUGUUAAACCGUCGUCAUAUAGUCACUAAAGUGACUGUUAAUGUCCAAAUAGAAUCUAAUUAACGUACUCAUAUUUGUUUGAUUUUUUGCUUUAAAUUAUUGUGCUUUCAAUAUUUCGGUUUUAAAUCACCUAGUCCACCUAGUAAUUAUUGUGUAUUAUUUUAGUCACUAACUACCUAGUUCACGCCAGAUAACUUUGAAAUUCUGAAGUUUGUUCCAUUUCAAUCAUCACGUUUUUCAUAAUUUUUUUUUUGGUUAUUUUGACGUCAAUAGUAGCUAACUACGGACAAACAAAGCUUUUCGUCAAAGGACGCCGUUUUCGCGGCGGUAAGGCCCGUAAUGAAGGAGUGGCUGGAGAGAAGCCACGGCGCCCUCAGCUACCGCUUGACGCAGGUUCUUACCGGACAUGACAACCGGUUCUUACCGGACAUGACCACCACUGCACACUGUGGCACCUGCAGCGAAGACUCGGCGCUGCACAUGUUGCUGGAGUGCCCAGCUGGGCAACGUAGCGCCGUGACCUAGUGGUGGUAUCAGAUGCUGCGGGAAAUCUUUCGCUGCCGGCCGUCGUCUCCUGCAUGGUCGACAGCGAAGAAGGGUGGAAUGCCGUUGCCUCCUUUUGCGAGGAUGUGAUGAUCGCAAAGGAGAUAGCGGAAAGGGAUAGAGAAGCUGCUACCUCUCUCCCCGGCCGCAGCAGACGUGGUGGGUGUCGCAGAGUGGCCGCCACCACCAUAGGGCGCGGCCUGCGGGCGACAGACUAGGGGCGUCUGUCGUCCGAACAUAAACAGGUCUCGAGGCCCGCCUUCAAACAUCUGUCGGGCCAAUACCCUGUCGGGGAUGCGGAAGUCUUGUAUGUAUCACAAAGAAAUUUGUUUGCCGGCCUGGGGACUAUAAAAUGCAAGAAGCGGCCACAAAAGUGGUGGUCGCAAUUUUUUUUUUAACCUUUCCAUGCAGUAUCAUAAUGGACUCGGACGAAGAAGGCUUAAGGCGUAACGGUCGGCUCUAACAGUUUUACUGAGGUAGAGAGGUUUAGGUAGGCUCUAACAGUUCUAGUAAGGGAGAGAGGGGCGAGGAAUUGCGUGGCGCGUGGCGGCUUUUUGUGUUUAGUAGUUUUUCAUAAUAUUUUUUUAAUGUCUUGAAGUCAGCGGUGCGAACUGAAAAGCCACUUUACAAUAAACUGUUUUACUGCAUUGCAUGCAUUCUUUGUUUUAUUUAAAUGUGGUCGUUUUAGUACAAGUGUAAAGAAGUAAUAAGUAGCAUUAUUCAAAGGUGCCCAGAGUUCAAAUCCGAAAACGCUCGUAUCGCCUUCCUUCAAUAAAUGGCAACAGCAGAGGAAAUCCGAAUAGCUAAUAUAUCACGCAUGUUUCAUUCGUUAUCAGAAAGCAAAAUAACUUCAUUAAUUCGAAAGCAGUCGCAGUAGUCGGACACAUCUGCAAUUUCCUCAGAGUAUUGUAAUCUGAAGUUGCGUUUAGUUGUGCACUCCGUGUCUGAGCUACAAUGUACAAACUGCUGAGUGUGUGGGCGCUGGUGGUGCUGUCUGUACAGAUAGUCCACUCCUGGGACUAUGCGCUGGCGUUAGAAAAACGAAUAGAUUUUUUUAAAAACGAUUCGAUAACACACAGCAUCACUAGCCACCAGUUUAAGAACCUCACGGCGUUAGCUUACGACGCACUCCACGACACGCUCCUGAUCGUCGACCAACAGACAGACAACUCUUCCGUAUACAGAUUUAACUUCACAUCCAACGACAUCGAGCUCAUACUUACCAGGAAACAGAUCCAGAGUAUAGUCCACGACCCAGCCAAGGAUUUACUUUUCUGGGUCCAGGAAAGAUACAUUUUCUCGAUACCACUAAAGUCUGGAUCUAAAUGCGACGUCAGUGAUCAAAAUCUUGUAAUUGAGUUACAUGAUGAAAUCCCUAGUUCUAUUGCAGUGGACAGUUGUGAAGGGUUUGUUUACUGGACCAACAAAAACAUUGCGAAGCCUACAAUAGAGAGAGUUCGAUUUGAUGGCACCGUAAGAGAAGUGGUGCUAGACAAGGAUAUCCAUGAGCCUUAUCGUCUUGUCAUCGACCCUCAGAUAAAGCAAAUGUUCUGGAUUGAUAUGAGACAUAAUGAAACCCAUAAUCAUCAAAUUAAGACAGCGUAUUUGAAUGGAA